AUUUGCGCGGGUUUGGACCUGGGGUAGUCAUGGCGGCCUUCCGCGACAUAGAGGAGGUGAGCCAGGGGCUUCUUAGCCUGCUGGCUGCCAACCGUGCCGAGAUACAGCAGCGACGACUGCUGGGGCGCUACGAGCAGGUGGUGCAGCGUCUGCUGGAGACGCAAGACGGCGCUGAGCAGCAGCUGCGAGAGAUCCUCACCACAGAGCAAGAAGUGGCCCAAAGCCUUCUGGACACGAAGGAGCGGGCACAGAAGGGAGGCACAGAGCUGCAUCAGCUGGAAGCCGAGGUUCGGAAGGCAGGAGAGGAGGACGCUGCGCUGAAGGCCAGCCUCCUCCAGCUCACCAGGGAGCUAGAGGAGCUCAAGGAGAUUGAAGCAGAUCUCGAAAGACAGGAGAAAGAAGUCGACGAAGACACAACAGUCACAAUCCCUUCUGCCGUGUACGUGGCUCAACUUUAUCACCAAGUUAGUAAAAUCGAGUGGGAUUAUGAGUCUGACAGCCUGGAUCUCAUUUUCCCUAAGGAGGAGACAGUGUCAUUCAGGUAG